AUGCAUCUGUCUUCGUUGCUCAGCAUCCUGGGCACAGUCCCAGUCAUGCUUGCUCUGUCCGUCCCUCGAGGUGAGAGUCUCGAGCCGUGGGAAGUGAGCCAAGUCUCCGUGGCGUCUCCUCCAAGUCUCACGUCCCAGCCAUCCCUUCGGAGUUAUCUCAGCAUCAUCAUCGCGGACCCGAACAUCAUCGACGGUGUCGGCUCCAAGAGCGGCCCGAUCAACUUCCAGCCCAGCAUCGCCCAAUGCAACGUCUCUUGGUAUGCACAAGACGGGGAGCAGCCCUAUGACCAGUCUCGAAACUGUACCCUUGAAACAGGCUAUCCCGCAAAAUGGAGCUUUGUUGUUGUUCCACCAAAUCGCGAGUAUGGAGCGAUGAGUGGAGGGGCCCUGACCAACUUCUCGGUGCAGUUCACGUUGGUUGACGAGAUCAUCACCCCAGUCAACAGUGUACGGAAGGUCUAUGUUGGCGAGGGUCACUUUGAGGUUGGGGAGAACAUGGAAGGCCUAUGCGGUGCGAGUGGCAUAUGUGCCUUCAGCCUCAGGAACGAGUCUGCUCCAGUCCUAAUUGAACAGACCAGGGUAGAGUAG